AUGGCAAAGCUUAGAGUCCCAUCGUGGAUGUCCUCCGAGCGCAGCGGAUCUACAGCCAGCACGGAUGUCGCCAAAAAGAGACUCAGUCGGCGAUCUUUUCCUGGGCUUUCUCCUGUAAGGUCGAAAGACGAGUCUUUACAAAAGAAGGAAGAAGAGCAGAAUGAAGUCACAGAAGUAGAAUCUGCCGACUCUCGAAUGCUUGUGCUGGCAGAAAUCAUCCGCGUUGAAACCGAGAAGCUGCAAACGUACCUCAAGGCGAAUGGAAUAGCUCAGCCAAGUCUCAGCGUCGAUGGACCAGACGAUUUCCCUCUGUUGCCCGAUGAGAUACAAAAGAGCCGCCAAAAGAUUGUUUUCGCUACUAAAGAGCUUACAAACAUCGUCAGGGGUCCUCGAGAAAGCGUCAGAUAUGAUGUUUGGAGCUACCUGGAUACCUUGAGCCUGCAGCUAAUUAAUAGCUAUCAAAUUGCCAAACUCGUUCCACUGGACACUCCCAUCAAACUAACUGAGCUUCAAUCCAAAACUCCGUUGGAACCUAUCAACCUCGCUCGUGCUUUACGGCAUGCGAUGACCAACAAUAUAUUCUGCGAGCCAUCUCCAGGCCUCAUUGCCCAUACUGCAAAUUCGCGUCUCCUAGCCCAGGACGCCUCGCUCCAGGCCUGGAUUGGCUUCAAUUCAGAAGACAUUUUCCCUGCUGCUGGUCAUGUUAUGCAAGCGUUGAAAUCUCACCCGGAGGCAACCUCUUUGACUCACACGGGGUUCAAUUUCGCUUUCAGCACGGUUGGAGAGGAGCCCAUGUUUGAGACUCUUGGUAAGGAUCCAGUCAAGGCCAAACGCUUUGCUAAUGCGAUGCUCAGUUUCACAAGCGGAGAGGGUUAUGAAAUUAGCUAUUUUGUAGAUAACUAUGACCUCUCCGAGGUGAAUGAGCGCGGGGGCACACUCGUUGAUGUCGGUGGCAGCCACGGCUUCGUGGCUGUAGAACUGGCAAAAAAGUGGAAGAACAUGAAGUUUAUCGUGCAAGAUUUGUCUAAAACGAUAAACACUGCCCCGAAACUAAUUUGCGAGGAUGCAACCGUGGCAGAGAGAAUCUCCUUGCAAGUCCACGAUUUCUUCAAAGAGCAACCUGCCAAGGGUGCUGAUAUAUACUACUUUCGGUGGAUUUUUCACAACUAUUCAAACCCUUACGCUGUCUCGAUUCUGAAGAAUCUCAUUCCUGCUCUAAAGCCCGGAGCUCGGGUUAUCAUCAAUGAUUACUGCAUACGAGGACCAGGAUCAGAGAAUCCGUGGGAUGAAAAGCUAUUGAGAAGCAUGGAUAUGAUCAUGGGUACUCUCCUCAAUGCACAGGAGAGAGAGGAAAGAGAGUUUUGCGAGCUAUUCAAGGCAGCUGACCCUAGAUUCCACUUCAAGGGAGUACACAGGGUAGAAAAUUGCAAGAUGAGCGUUAUAGAGGCAGUGUGGGAUGAGCAGGGCGUUGAGGCUCAGGUCGAGGAGUGCGAGGAACAAGGCGUUUGA